AUCUCCGGUAGCCCAGCCAUCGUGCUUCUCGCGUUCCGCUCCGUCGGGUCCCGAACGGCUGAACUGAACGAACGGGUCGGGGGGUUUAGUAACCGCACGCCCAAUCAAAUCUUGGCGCGCGCGGGGGCUUGACGCUCCAACGAGGAUGCCGCCGCCACCGCGGCCCUUCCCCGCCCCCGCGGCGACGGUGUCUCCCCCGCGCCCGGCGUGGAACACGAACCGCAACCUGGUGGUGACCCAUCCGCUGCUCUCCCUCCUCGAGCGCUGCGCGUCCUUCCGCCGCCUCCUCCAGCUCCAGGCGCUGCUCAUCGUUUCCGGUCUCGCCGCGCACCGCUUCCCCGCCUCCCGCCUCCUCGCCUUCUGCGCGCUCUCCGACCCGCCGCGCCCCGCCCACGCCGCCGCCGUCCUCGCCCAGUGCGCCGAGGGCCCCAAUGCCUACAUGCUCGCCACCAUGAUGCGCGGCUUCCUCCGCGCCGGCCUCCCUGCCCGCGCGUUCGCCCUCUUCCGCCGCGUGCUUUGCGACUGCCUCCCCGCCGACGCGCGCACUUUUGUCUUCGCCAUCAAAGCAGCCUGCUCCUCCUCCGCCGCCUCGUCCCCCGGUGAGGCCGUCCACUGCGUCGCCCUGAAGCGAGGGUUCCUCUGCCAGAGCGUGCUCGUGGGGAACGCGCUCGUGCACCUGUACGCCAGCAGCAUGUCAUUUCGUGACGCGCGGAAGGUGUUCAACGAAAUGCCCGACCGGGACGUCGUCUCGUGGACGACGCUGAUUGACGGACACGCGCGCGCUGGGCUGCCCGACGAGGCGUGGCGGGUGUUCUGCAGGAUGGUGGUAUCGGAGGGCAUGUGGCCGAACAGGGUGACACUGGUCGCCGCAGCCUCGGCAGUUGCGCAGAUGGGGCUACUGGGUCUGGGGAGGACGGUGCAUCGUUGUGUUGCUGAGAGUGGUGUUGGCACGAGCGUUAACUUGGACAAUGCGCUGGUUGAUAUGUUUGGGAAGUGUGGGUGUUUGGCCUCUGCGAAGGAAGUUUUCGACAGAAUGGCGGACAAGGAUGUGUACACUUGGACGAGCAUGGUCAGUGCCUAUGCCAAGUGUGGUGAUUUGGAGAGUGCGGUGCAGCUGUUCGAGGAAAUGCCUAGGAGGAACACGGUUUCUUGGAGUUGCAUGAUUGCAGCUUACUCGCAGGCAAAUCAACCGGACGAAGCCAUCAGGAUGUUCAACGACAUGAUUGCAGCAGGAAUGGAGCCGAUUGAUGCCACUCUUGUGAGUGUUUUGUCGGCAUGUGCUCAGUUGGGUUGCUUGGAUCUUGGUAGUUGGCUAUAUCAGACUUACAUUGCCACUCAUAAGGUUAGGCUUACAGUGAAUCUAGGCAAUGCAUUCAUCGAUAUGUUUGCAAAAUGCGGAGAUGUGGGUGCAGCAUCAAGAUUAUUUGACGGCAUGGAAGAGAGAAAUUUAGUAAGUUGGAACUCGGUGAUCAUAGCCCAUGCCUUUCAUGGUCAGUCUGAAGAAGCUCUUCAUCUCUUUCAGCAGUUGAAAGAAACUGGUAUUUUGCCUGAUGAGAUCACAUAUAUUGGGGUACUUUCUGCGUGCAGUCAUAGUGGUUUAGUUUCUGAAGGGCAGCGCCAUUUCAAAGAAAUGAAGGCGGUUUAUGGGAUUGAACCCAGGGCUGAACAUUAUGCUUGCAUGAUUGAUCUUUUGGGUAAAGUUGGGCUUGUAGAAGAGGCAUUUGAAAUUGCAACAAGUAUGCCAAUUGGAGCUGAUGUGGCUGGUUGGGGUGCUCUUUUAAACGCAUGCAGAAUGCAUGGUAAAGUUGAGAUUGGUGAAUGUGCUGCAGCUAAGCUUGCUAAGCUAGAUUCUUCUGACAGUGGAAUCUAUGUACUUAUGAGCCAAAUAUAUGCAAGUAAAAGCAAAUGGGACCAGGUGAAGAUGCUGAGGACAGUGAUGAGAGAUAGAGGCGUAAAGAAGAAUCCCGGAUGUAGUUCUAUCGAAGUGGAUGGAAAGUUUCAUGAGUUUCUGGCAGCAGAUGUUUCACAUGUCCACUCAGAAGAUAUAUAUGCUGCACUGAAGAAUAUCUACAUUCAUUUAAAAACAGAGGGUUAUAUUCCUCCUGCUUGAUGUGUCUGCUGAGACUUUGCUCCCAUGUUCAUUCACCUCGUAAUUGGUUUUGACUGUAGAAAGAAAAGGAGAAGGUAGAAGCAGACAGGAUUUUAUAUAAUUUAAUGAUCAGCUUACCAAUGAACAUAUUUUCUUUGACAUUGUACUGUUUUGCACUCGGUUCAUGCAUAGUGGCCUGAAAGUCAGAUGAGUUCAUACUGUUAAAGCUUUAAAAGAAGCAGAGUAUACGGGUUGAGACAGCAGAGUAGUCCAUAUCUGAUGAACAAUCACUGUUACUGUUACACAAAAAUCCGGAUUUCAGUCAAAUGUGUGGCAUGUGGAACAGAUUGUGUGCUUCUAAUGAACUCAACUGAAAUCUGACUGUUCUUUCUCAUCAACUAACUGUGUGUGAAUCGCAUGCUAUGGAGCUUUUCUUAGGUGGAGUUUCUCCCUUUCAGAUGUCCUAGUUGCCGCAUCAGCAGAAUGCCUUCGUAUAUAUGAUUCAGUGCUACUCUACUAGGGUUUUGCUUUCUACGAUCAUCUGCUGGCGGUGGCGUCGGCGCGCCUAGUGGAGGAGGCUCAGGGUCUCCAGCGGCUUGAUGGCGGCGUCGAGCCUCCGGUGCGCCGGCCGCGCCGGCGCCGCCCGCGGCGUGGCUGGCGCCAGUGGCUGCACGAACUUGCAGUUGGGGCAGGAGGGGGAGGACUUGCAGAGCAUGACGAGGAGGUGGCAGUUGGCGCACGGCACGGCCACCAUGUUGUUGCCUCCGGAGCUAACGGCGCCGGCGGCGGGCCUCCUGGUACGCUCGGCGUCCUCGUCGGGAGCGGCGAUGACGCCGGCGCCGGUGUCGACGAUGGCGGCCGCGGAGAUGUUGAGGUCGAGGUUCACGCUCUGCUCCCGCGGCCUGACCCAGCUCUUCCUCAGCGUCUUCCUGUUGAGAUUUAUUUCAGGGUCUAAAUUGUUGAUGAACCCAUCUCCUGGUCAAGGCGCGUACUCAUAAAUUCUGUCUGGGCAGUUGGCUUGCUCUGCAUCAGUUAUUAGCAUAUUAACCAUGCCUCUGAAGUGACCACGAGACAUGGGCUCUGCAACACAUAAAUCUCUGAAGCGGCGAAUCCAACAGCCAAGUGAGGAGGGGCUCAUCUCCCUUCUCUUCUUCUUCCUCCCCUCUUCUUCUUCAAUCUUUGUUCCCAAAAAAUAGAGGAAGAGCUUAGGGGGAUAUCCAUUGACUCUGGAGAAGUAGGGGGUUUAAUCCCCCCUAGCCCCCCUUAAAUCCGCCCCUGUUUCCAAGGGGUUCAUCCUAAUCUCGGACCAUCGUGUUACAGCUUACCCAACCUGCCAGUGACACCACACACACCAUCGUCCACGGGACACGCAGGAGCUUCGCGCAUCUAUAUAUCCUUGUUCAAGAGUCAAGACAGCAACUCCACGACCAGAAACCAAGCUGCUGGCGUCCUUAUCACCAGCACAACACAAUCUAUUUUCCCGGCGCAUGAUUUUUCCAUGCAGGCCGCCUGGCGAUCUGAUCCCGAGCACAUCGACGAUCCAAAGACGCUCGAGUUGGUUGCAAGCUCCGAUCCGAAGCUCUCAUGCAUGCAUGGUCCCUGAUGAGUGAGCCCCCGUGUGCGAUGGAUGCCUGACGAGGAGUACGAGCGUGUUUGCUGCGCAAUUCAAAGAGCCUGCCGAUGUUGGUGGAGCGCCGGACCCCCAUUCCGGCGGGGCAAUGAAUGGGGUGAAUGGACGGACUGGUGGAGAGGGGGGGUACUUGGUCUUAAAGUGACGCCAGCGACCUCGCGUUGACAGGACGCCCGCGCAUGUGGCUCCUCUGACGACGAACCUUCUCUGCCUGCCGUGGAUUCAGGGGGUGUCGAUCCGGCUGGGUCCUGUUGCUCCUGUGGUGCCACGAGGAGUUCUUCAUCUGGGACUGCGACAAGAAUUGAUCGAGAGCUCCCGCUGCUUUCUUUUUUCUCUCUCCCAGUGUCGGUUAUGGUCACCUCCCUAUGGCUAUGGCACACUAGGAGGCACUAGGGUGUGUGCUGAUCUACUGCUGGAGAUUGGUUGCAUGACCCGUCACUCCGAGCGGUCGGUGCAAGUACAGGGGGAACUUGAUCAUCCUGCACUCUAGUGGUCGCCGAGCACCAUUUGAGACUGUUGAAACGUGAACGCAUCAUGAGUUGUUGUUUUUUCUCAAUUUGUAGCAUUAUUUCUCCUUCUAUAAUCUUGAUGAGCCUCUAGUCUAAUCUUCAUAUUGUACUUGCUGUCGGUGUUGGACUGCAAGGCCAUCAAGAAAACACUUUCCAGAAUACACUGGACCUUUUUGUACCAUCUUUUGCACUUGUUUCCUUGGUGCC